AUGUCUAAUCGCUCGGACAUCCCCUGCUCUGAGGAAAUGUCAGAGUAUUAUGAAAAUAUGCCAGCUCAUUGGCCCCAGAUUCCACCGACUCCAUUUUUGGGAGUCACCAGCCCCUACUGCACAGACAAUAUGGCUCAAUCCAGCAUGCUGACGCCAAUCAGCCUUUCCGAUGGCUCGUUUCGUCCCAGUCCAGCAAUUAGUCACCACUCACAUGGUUACUACACACAAGAAUACCAAUACAACCUCAAUGACCCCCUCUCGGCCCCACUAGGUCUCGGUAUCAUUGCGCCCUUCCCGGAUGAUUUCCCUCGGUCUUCGGCCCCAAGUCCAGCCUACAUGUAUGCUCCGGAACCAAGUGAAAUCCAGCAUAGCGCGGCACAGACGCCUAGCCAGUCGCCACAGGGCCCACCACCAUCUAAGCGCGCCAGGCAUCCAUCCUCGGACACGCCCUCGCGCGAGAAGCCAGGCAACACACCAAUCAACAUUGCUCCCAAUCCAGAAGGCCUUCUCCGAAUGGAGCAUGAGCGCCAGCACAACAUUCAGCCAUCUCCACCCAUACUCCCCAGGAUCCGGGCUCCAGGCCGCGGGCGACGCGACCCUCAAGCAGAAGACGAAGACGCAUUUGUAGAGGAGCUGCGAGAUAGGCAAACGUCCUGGAAGCAGGUGCGUCAAGAGUUUCGGGACAGAUUCAACAAAGAUGCCUCCGAGGCGCGUCUGCAAAUGCGCCUUCAUCGCCGCCUCCGCGAGCGAAUGGUGCGCUGGGAAGAAUCAGAUAUCAAACUCCUGAUCCGCGCCCAUGGGACCUGGGCAAGAGAUAAAUUCCAUUACCUUUCGGACAAGAUGAAAGAACUCGGCGGUACUAGACUGUACUCGCCCGAUCAAUGCAGAACUCAACUUCAACUUUUAGAUGCCAAAGAACAGCAUCGUGAUCGAGCGAGUGAAUCGCCAUCUGCUAUGUCUGACCCUACUCCUAUCACAUCUACUGUGUCCCGAAAACGACCUCGAGCUCAAUCCUUAGAGUCGGAGAUUGAUAGCGAGGAACCGACCUUUUAG